AUGGGUGGUCUCAGCAGUUUCGAGGCAUGGAAACAAGCCGUGCAGAAGAAGAGAGGCGGCCGCCCAGAAGCUUUGAUUGCCGUCCUUGCUCGCAGCGCGGGUUGGUCAGCUUCAUCAAGCACUGUGGAACGGGGUUUCGCGCAUGCCAAGGCUUUGAAGGGUGACGGCAAGAGCCAGGAUAACAAUUUGGAGGAUGAGCAGGAUUGCCUAGUCAUCGCUCAAGAUGUGCGGCCUGGGCUGUCGGACCCGGCCGAGAAGAGUUUGCUUCAGAGCGCAGCAGCAGUGUGGCGCUCAAGCUGCGGCCGCACACGGUCGAGUGGCGAAUCUCGACAGAAGCGUUGGGAUGCUGGCAUUGCAAGGCCGCAUCGCACGAAGAAGGAGAGCGAGAGUGGUUUUUUGCAAGCAAGAUCUGCAAUCGUGGACCAGGCCGCCAGCUCAGAGGCAGGGCCCAUCGCUCGAUUGCCCAAGACGGUUACAUCUGCUGACAGCAUCAUCGCGUCCUUGACACCAAAGCUGUUGCAAGAGAUUGAUUUCAAUGAAGAGAAAGAACCCAAGGCCAAAGUAGAAGCGUAUUUGCAAGGCCAUCUUCUGCCUGCAGAGAUCACGCAAGAUCUGGUGGACAAGUCCACUGUGUUCCUACAGAAGAUUGCUAAGGCGCAGCGUGAGCGCAACAACCAGAACAGAAACGUGAAAGCCAAAGUUCUGAAGGACCAGGCCGAGCUCAUCGUGGUGCAAGACCCAGCCAGCGCAGCGGGGAACGCCAGGUUCGUAGCCGGCCUGCUGGGGGCCAGGGCCACCAGCAUCUACCGAAAAGUGUUCAUCACUGAUGCUUUCAUGGGGGAAAACUUGGAUAUUGCUCAAGAUCUCAGUCAUGCCUUAUCAAUGGACAACUGCAGAUGGCAACUGCAGCCCAACAUGCCUGUGGGGAGGGCAAAUCAGCAGACCCUCGUCCUCCGUGGCUCUGCAGAGGCCUGCCCUGGUGUGAAGCUGGCCUUGAACAUCAGCGAG